AUGAAAAUACUCACGUUGGUGGCAGCUUUGAUGGUAGGAUAUGUGAUUCUCUUGGUGAACCCAAUGAUGCGUACAAUUCUUAUAGGAGUAACAGGUGCAUCCAGCUCAGGGAAAUCAACUAUUGCCAAUAUCCUGAGAACAAUUUUGAGGAACUGUGAAAUCAUUCAUGAGGAUGAUUUCUUCAAGUUAGAAAAAGAUGUUCCUUUUGAUAAGAAAAGAAAUGAUAGAGAUUGGGAUUGUCCUGACGCAAUUGAUAUUGACAAACUGAAAAAGACAUUAGCACUGCUCAAAAAUGGAAAUAUGAAAAGCACUUAUCUUAGUGGUUUUCCGGUGAUCAGGAAUGAAGGCGGAUAUUACGAUUAUUCACUAAAAAGCACUGAACCGCCAAGAAACGAUUCUCACUUCAAGUGUAAGCCGCAGACAAUAUCAAAAUUAAAGAAUGAAUUUGACUUAUUGGUGAAUAAACGUAGAUAUGGAGAAUAUAGAAUAUUCCUGGUGGAUGGAUUCCUAAUCUUGCAUGAUGUGGAGUUGUUACAACAACUCGAUUUGACAUUAUUUAUCAAAGCUAACUAUUCCACGCUUAAAUCACGAAGAGAGAAAAGGAUUUAUACAGUCGAAGGAAAAGAAUGGGUAGACCCUGAAGGCUAUUUUGACAAAUUUGUUUGGCCUGGAUAUUACAAUAACCACAAAAAGAUUUUCAUAAACGGCUCAGAUGAAGAAGUUGUCAAGCUGAGCGGGGGUGAUUUGGAUGCGAAAUUCAAAUAUAGGUAUAGAGUGAACGAAUUCCGUAAUGAUGAAUAUACGAAUGCAGAUGAUAUGAUUGAGGAAAUCACUACCUGUAUAUUUCGAACUAUAUUUUGA